UCCACAGUCAUUCAGACAAGUCUCAGAUCCCUCGCCUCGACAAUGCAUCAAUAGAAUCUUUGGCUUCAAGAAAUUUAGGAAAAUUCUAACAAUGAAGAUAACUUGUACAACCUUUGUGCUCCUUAUCCAAACAUUGAAAUGUUUGGCUUCAGAUGAUUCACCAUUUCAACUAACUUCCAAGGCCACUGGAUUAUGUUUGGUUAAAGUAAAUAACUACUGCAGUAGCAUACGCUGGACAACUGGUGACCGACUUCUGGUUCAACAGAGGAAUAAGUGCCUUGGAGUCCAGGGGAAAAGUGUGGGAAGUGAAAUAAGCCUCUACAACUGUGAUGAAAACGAUGAACUCCAAAAGUGGGAAUGCAAGAAUGAAACAAUGCUCGCUCUCAAAGGCCAGGAGCUUUACAUUGAGCUCAAUUCAGAUAGCGCAGCAGUUCUUUCCAGAACAAUUGGACCCAAUAACCACUUCACAAUUUCAGGGACUUCCAGCGGCGCUUGCACAAGAACAUACAGAGAAUUUUACACCAUUGGAGGAAAUGCAAAUGGCAGGACCUGCAUGUUUCCCUUCCAGUACAAAAACGUGUGGUACUCAGACUGCAUUAAAUUGGACUCCUCGAAAAGGCGUAUGUGGUGUGCGGUUGAAACAAAAUAUGAACAUGAACUCUGGGGCUACUGCCCAACUAACUCCAAAGAACACUGGAACAAACACCCAACAACAGGAGCGUAUUACCAGCUCAAUACACAGUCAGCUCUGUCUUGGUCCCAGGCUGAAUUCAGCUGCAAACAGCAAGUCUCCUCACUGCUCAGCAUCACCGAUCCUAACGAGCAGGCUUAUGUCUUAGCACUACUAGCAGAAGGGGGCAGGGGACAGGGGGACAAGCUUUGGACUGGAUUGACUCUGGAUCCAGACCAUGGCUGGCAGUGGUCUAACGGGAAGCCUUACCGUUAUCUGAAUUGGGAAUCAGGACAUCCACUUCCUAAUCCAGGAUACAGCUGUGCAAUGGUUGAUGGUAUCGAAGAGUACUCCUGGCAAAGUUCAACAUGCACCAAAAAACUGGGCUACAUCUGCUACAGUGAUGGAGCUGUGACUCCUCCUACUGAAGCUGUUAAGACAGGAUUUUGUUCAAGCCCUUGGAUUCCCUACAAUGGUCACUGCUUCCACCUUAGUCGCACUCAAAAAACAUGGUCUGAUGCUCAUAAAGUGUGCCGCAAGGAAGGAGGGGACCUAGUCAGCAUCCACAAUGUGGAGGAACAAAGCUUUGUCAUCUCUCAACUUGGAUAUGCAUCCACUGAUGAACUUUGGAUUGGACUGAAUGACAGGAAGACAGAGAGACUGUUUGACUGGAGUGACCACUCUACCGUCAGCUUCACCAGCUGGGAGUUUGGGAAACCUGCUGUCUUCACAGAGCAAGAAGACUGUGUUCUCAUCAGGGGAGAGAAUGGGAACUGGGCUGACCGUGUGUGUGGGGAGAAACACGGCUUCAUUUGUAUGAAGACGAGUGCCUCUGAUCCUCCUGGUGAUGAAAUGGAGCAGAAUAUAGGCUGCAAAACUGGAUGGAAAAGGCAUGGCUCCUACUGCUACUUUGUAGGGACAGAGACAAAGACAUUUGAUGAGGCCAAAGACGACUGCAAGAGCUCAGAUUCCUACUUAGCCGAUGUUUCAACUGGAGUGGACAAUGCAUUCCUUGUCAGCUUGGUGGGGUUGAGGUCAGAGAAAUACUUCUGGCUAGGGCUCUCAAACCAGAAAAACAUUGAGGUAUUUGUGUGGACCAACACAGACUCCGUAAGGUUUACUCACUGGAACGCUGAAAUGCCAGGGCUGUGUUGCCAUGACAACUGGGAUUUUUGCUGGCCUCUGGGAUGUGUUGCCCUGCACCAAUAAAGAGAAAUACAUCUGCAAACACCUGGCAGAGGGGGCAGUUUUAACCCCUGCCCCACCGACUGUUCCCCCUCCCAAGUGUGCAGAUGACUGGACUCAAGUGG